AUGCAGGCCCUAAGGACGAGGCCUGCUGCCCGGCUAGGGGCGCAGCAGACGCGCAAGGCGCCUGCGCCGCUGCUGCCGGCUAGGCUGGGAGCGUGGUGCGCAUCGACGGCGCCGCGCCCAGUGCGCGUCGGGGCAGCGGAGAAGGAUACCGUACCAGCAGAGACCGAAACGUCCAACAGCAAUGGCGCGGCCGGCGGCAGCAGCACGUCCGGCCCGCCUGCAGGCACGGCCUCAUCGGCAGUCGCGACCGCGCGCGCGUCGAGCGGCGCGGGCGCGAGCAGCAGCGGCGCGGGCGGCGGCAGCGCGACCGCGUCCCAGCAGGAGGAGGAGGGCUUUAGCUGGAGCGCAUUCUGGAACGGGCCGCUGCCGGGCAAGCUGGCGGGCCUGCUGGGGCUCAUCGUGCUCAGCCGCGUGGGCGUGUACGUGCGCCUGCCGGGCGUGGACGUGGACGCGUUUGGCGAGACGAUGGCGAGCAACGGGCUGCUGGGCUACGUGGACGCGCUGUCCGGCGGCAGCAUCAGCAAGGUGGGGCUGUUCAGCCUGGGCAUCAUCCCCUACAUCAACGCGUCCAUCGUGCUGCAGCUCUUCAGCGCGGCCUUCCCCUCGCUCAAGAAGAUGCAGCGGGAGGACGGGCCCCAGGGCCGCGCGCGGUUCCAGUGGUACCAGAAGCUGGCUGCGUUUGCGUUUGCCAUCGCCCAGGCCGUGGGCCAGCUGACCUACCUGCGGCCCUACGUGACGGACUUCAGCCCCGAGUGGCUGGCGGGCAGCACGCUGGCGCUGGUGGCGGGGGCCAUGAGCCUGGUCUACAUCGCUGACACAAUCACAGAGCUCAAGCUGGGCAACGGCACCAGCGUGCUGAUCUUUGCCGGCAUCGCGUCCAGCCUGCCGGCCAGCGUGGGGGCGCUGCUGGCGCAGAACGCCAGCGACGAGCCGGCCAACAUCGCCGUGUACGCCGCGGCCUUCUUCCUCACUACCCUCGGCAUCAUCUACGUGCAGGAGGCGGAGCGCCGCAUCCCCAUCAACUACAGCGGGCGCUACCAGGCCGGCGCCCUGGCGCGCCAGAGCUACCUGCCCUUCAAGGUCAACGCCACGGGGGUCAUGCCCCUCAUCUUUGCGUCGUCGCUGCUGGGCCUGCCCCUGGCCCUGGCGCGCUUCACCGACUCAACCGCGCUGGACGGCGUGGCCAACGCUGUGGGGCCGGGGGGUGCGCUGUACCUCCCGGCCAGUGUGGCCAUGAUCGCCUUCUUCAACUACUACUACACCUUCCUGCAG